CUGCAGUUUGUUUUGAGCGUGCAAUUUUGUAUUUAUUUAAAAACAUGUUAUUCUUGUAGGAAACUAUUGGAAUAUGGCCGAGCAAAAGACAGUAGACUUUGUGGAAACACUGGAAACAAACUGGAAGCACAAUCGCACGUCGAACGGCUGCUAAAAUCCCAUUACAUCUUUUUCAUGACCGGGUACUUGCCGGUGGGCUUUGAGUUUGGCGCCGAACUAACGUUCCCCGAGCCGGAGGGCACCUCAUCCGGUCUGCUGAAUGCCUCGGCCCAGACCUUUGGAAUCUGCUUCACACUCUUCUACUCGGAGCUCUUCACAGCUUUCGGGGACAAUGCCGCCAAUACUACCAUGGCUACCAUGAUGCUGAUUGUCGGCACGAUUAUCACGGCCGCCACCCGGUCCGAUCUGCGGCGGCAGAACGCCCAAGCUGGAAGUGCGGCUGGCAAUCCCUUAACACAUUACACCACUCUCCCCGGGAAACACUAGCCACUCCCACUAUCCUCCACAACAUCCACCCCAACUCAGAGACAGGAGCUGUCGACUCUUUUUAUGUAUAUUACGAGUUGUCUACGCAUAUCAAUUGUUUAACAUUUUAAUUUAUUUUAUUGUUUACUGUACACUUCUAUUGUAGCCCUAAGUGUUGAAUUUUAAAAUGUUCAUUAAAAGUGCACGCACAACACGUAUGUGCACAAAAGUCCUGCAUAUACACACCCACACCUGUAUGUAUGAGUAAGCUUAGGCAAUUAUUUUUUAUAUUUUAUAUUGGCCAAGGCAUAAGGUUUAGUAAUUAAUUAGUUAACUUUUGCAAUACAAUGACUUGCAUCGAAAUUCAGCUUUAUCCAUUCUGUUGCAACUGUCCAUGCCCCACCACACUCAACACUCGCAAAGACACAAUGUUAUAUAGAAAUAUCCCCCAGUAUUCUAGCCACCAAAAAAUAUUCUAGAGAAAUACUUGCAAUCCUGCAUAUCAGCAUAUCUGGCAUUGAAGAAUAAUACAAGAUUUGGUACUUCCCUUCAGGGGUGUCUACACACUCUACAUGCAACAUCAACAGCUGUUCGUCUCUUGUAAUCAU